GGAUGCCCCACUAUCGACCUUCGAUCGCAUUCACACAUUUUCUCUCGCCUGGAGGAAGUUCACUUGGCCUUCCGAGAAAACGAGGAAAGUAAAGAAAAUCAUCCGAGAAAAUCACACUCUCUGUCUCUUGUUGGCUUAACUUAUUGUUCGCUCUCGCUCCUUUUUCGCCGUACUACUGCUCGAUCCGCCGAAGAUUGAGGGGAAUUCUUGGGCCGGCGACGUGAAGUUCACUUGCAAGUCACUGAAUUAGGGUUUUAUUUUCUUCGUUGGGCAGUACUCGUUGCCGUUGGGUAGAUGAGUGUAGCCCUAGGUUUAUGAAGCAGCGGAUGACUGAACGAUUGGGGUUCUGUUGAUCAACGGCUAGGAUUUCUUCUCGGAUGGAGGGAGGUAGCGUCUCUAGACUUACUUCUUCUGGGGUUUACCGAUGGAUUAUGAUGACAGUGAUUCUCAAAGCCAGAAUCUUCGGUUAGCUGGUGAGGGGAGCACCGGAUUUUCUCCUGUUUUACGACCAUAUGCUCUUCCCAAGUUUGAUUUUGAUGAGAGUCUCCAGGGGCACUUAAGGUUUGAUAGCUUGGUGGAUACUGAGGUUUUUCUUGGCAUUGAGAGUCAAGAAGACAAUCAUUGGAUCGAGGAUUUCUCUCGGGGGAAUAGUGGGAUUGAGUUUAGUCCAAGUGCAGCAGAAUCUUGCUCUAUUUCAAGGCGAAAUAAUGCCUGGUCCGAGGCCACGUCCUCAGAAUCUGUUGAAAUGCUGUUAAAAUCUGUUGGGCAAGAGGAAAUGAUCCCAGGGCAGACCAUCAUUGAGGAGUCAGAUGCCCAUGAUGAACAGGGUACCUUGACCACGCAAAUUGAACCCAGUUUGAAACAAGGUGAUAAUAUUGUUACUCAAGGGGGACAUAUUGUGGACUCACCACCCACAUUAUUGGCAGGUAAAUUAGUGGGAAGCUUUCUUCAGUUGAAUGAGGAUGUGGGGGGGAAGCUACCUCAGGUUGAAGACGCUCUGCAAACUCAUGAAGGUGACUCAUCUGCUUAUGGAAGUUCAAGCAGCUUGAACCCAAGUGCUGUUGCAGAAAAGUGUAGCUUACCUGUGUGUGAGGGUAGUUUGUUAAAUGAUAGCAAAUGCAAUGCUGACAGUUGUAAGGAUGCUUUUUCUGUCCAUGAAUCUCCAGAUAUAAAGACAGAAGAAUUUUCUGCUACUGGGAAGCAAGUUGAUAGUAUGGUCACCAAUACCCAGAAUAUUAUUACGGGCACUGUGGAGUUGAACAGUCAGGAGGCUUCAAGUCAUGUUAAUGAUGUUAGCAAUGAGAAUGCUAAUGGUUUACAGAGAGACAAUUGCGAGGGGAGGGAGGAUUGUAAUGUUCUGAGUGAUAACCAAAGCUUGGUGGUGCAUGCAGUUGAAAGCUGUGCUUAUAACUCUGAGAAUGCUACCUGUAUGGUAUCAGGGGUGAAUUCUGUUCUCUCAGGAAAUGUAGUUGAAACUAGCAGCAAUAAGGUGGAGGAACCUUCUGUUAUGAUGUCCAAGGGGGAGUCUGAGCUGCAGAUGGCUGAAGGAUGCAAGGCAGAUGUAUGUUCCAGAAUAUCUGUUCAGGCCAGCAAGUGUGAAGUUGUGGGCUUGUCUGAAGACAAAGAGAGAGACAAUAUAUAUGAAGGAGAUACGCAUGAUGAUUUACCCAUGGCUUCAGAAAGUGAUGGUAGAUCUAAGGAUGAGGUUGGCAACUGCAGUGUGGGACUUUGUGCUACUCUAGGAAUGAAGAUGGAUUCUGCUGUACAGCAUAGUCAAAACAGUGUUCUUAUGAGGAAAGAAGGUUCUUUAGAAGGUGAUCACCAAAGGGAUAAUGAUACUCUAGUUGGUAAAACUGAAGCAUCUUUGUUAUCAGUGGAAGACAAUAAAUUUUCUAUAUGUGAGAGCAAUGGAAGUGUUAAUAGUAAUGUGGAAAGUGAUCCACAUUCCACUUUGGCUUGUCCUUCAGCAGAAUUGCUUGGGAGAGUGCAUGCAAAUGAAAAUUUUGAGGAUUCUCAUGAUUCGCCAAGAAUACAUAGAGAGGAAGAUAAAAAAUCAUCCUCCAUUUUAGAUGAUUCCUUACCAAUAUCCAAGCAAAAUGUGGUCUCUAGGAAGAUUGAUGUUCAUGACUCUGAUCAAGAUGCUUUUGUUAUUGAAAAGGGGGAAGAAAAGUUUCCUAAUGAUUACAGUAAUGUGGAAUGUCAUCGGGAUGGAUCAAUUGCUGUCGGUAUGGGGCUUGGAUCUACAUCUCUAGGCAAAGGCAGCAUGGAGAAUGAGAGUAAAUCACAUUCAGAUCCUCCUGCUGGGCAUGAAUUGGAUGUUGACUUGGAGGAUGCUAAUUUGGCAUCCUGUGGCACGUUGGAAGUUGUUCGUGUUCCCUUGCCAUUAAAAGAUGGUGCGACUAUAAAUGAAAUUGAUGAAGAGCACAAUGAAAAAUCACCUUUACCCAUAGUCGGGUCUGAUAACUUGGAUAGUAGGGAAGAAACUGCAGCCAAGAUGUCUACACAAGAAAGUUUAUCAAAUUUAAAGAACUGUUCUCAGGAGGAUGGUCCACUAUCAACGUUGAAGGACUGCUCUCAGGAGAAUAGUCCACUGGAUGUGGUUUCUGAACAGGAAAAGGGUGCUUUAAAUGACACUGCUGGACAGUUGCUCCAUACAGUUGAUGAGUCUCCAGCAGAGGUGGAGAUGUUUAAUGUUGCAGUUGCAGGCAAGAGUAAAGCUCCAGAGGUUAGUAAAGACAGUCAAGAGUUAUCUGAGGAAUUUGAUGGGUGCCUUGGAGCUGGUAAUGGUGAUGGUGCUGGAGGACCGAUACUUGAAAAUAAUGAAGAAGCAAUUAAGACAGCUAGUUAUGAAGAGAAUAAUGAAGAAGAAAUUAUCGAAGCAAGUAGUGAAGAGCCAUCUUUGAAAGUUUCAGAUGCAGAACCAAUUUCAGACAAAAGCGAAUUGCUAACACUGCCUGCAGUGUCAUCCUCGAAGGAGUCUAAUUGUGGUAUUGGCCAGGAAGAUCAGGAGGACAAGGAAACUAAUUUAGCAAUUAGAGAGGGUAAAUGUGAACAGACUCCUGCUUCAAGUAGUGGAGGUGAUGCAUCAAAUGCUGAUGAGGGUUGUCUUAGCCCUGUCGGUCAGUCUGAAGGUGAUGCCAAAUCUUCUCUGCUUGAAGGAGGAAAUGUUUCUGAGGAUUCUCAUAAAUCUAAUUGCGAUCCUCCUGUCGUUUGUUGCACUGAGCUUUCUCAAGAUGAGAAACAAUUGCAAGAGGGAAUUAAGGGGCCUGCGGACCAGAAUAUCUCAGGUUGCAAAGUCAGUGAUGGAGCUGCAGACAAAGUUUGUUCUAUUUCUGCUGAUUUGAAAGCGAAUGAUAGUUCCAAAUAUGAUAAGGGCUUUACCUUUGAGGUCACCCCAUUGACGGAUUUGUCUGAAAGAGAAACUGGCAAAGGUUGGCAACCUUUUUCCACUAUUCAACAAGGCAAAAUUUCGGGGAUUGUAGAAGGUUCUCCAGCAUCUAGCUUAAGCCAAAUGGAUUCUAAGCUAAUAGAUGAAAAUUUUUGUGGAACUCCUCCAACAUCCGGUGUACAAGUUAAACGUGGUGGUUCUAAGAGCACUCCUGUGAGGAAGCCAAGGAGAGCAUCUGGUAAGGCGACAGGGAAAGAAACUGCUAAAAAAGUAAAUAGUGCGAAAGAAAUGACUCCUGUGAAGCAAUCAGAAAUGGGGAGUAUAUCAGGCAAUGUGCCCCCCAUUACAUCUGUGACUUGCCAACUUGUUCAAUCUGAAGGGGUGUCAAACUAUGGGCAUGUGGAACAUAGCGGUACAAAACCAAGUGGAGUCUUGACUGCCCUAACAUCUAAUCUCCCAGAUUUGAAUGCUUCAGCUUCUCCUUCCUUGGUGUUUCAACAGCCUUUCACAGACUUGCAGCAAGUGCAACUGCGUGCCCAGAUCUUUGUUUAUGGAUCUUUAAUCCAAGGGGCAGUUCCUGAUGAGGCUUGCAUGGUAUCAGCUUUUGGGGCAACUGAUGGUGGAAGGAGCAUUUGGGAGAAUGCCUGGCGUGCAUCCAUAGAUAGGCUGCAUAGCCAAAAAUCCCAUCCCAGUAAUACUGAAACUCCAUUACAAUCCCGAACAGAACUGGUGGGGUCUGCAGGCGCUCGAUCUCAUGAUCAGGCAGGCAAACAAGGUGCUCUUCAAAGCAAAAUUACUCCCAUUGGUCGAGCCAGCAACAAGGGUACCCCUGCGACAUUCGUAAAUUCUAUGACGGCUCUGUCAUCCCCACUUUGGAGUAUGUCUAGCCCUUGUGAUAGUCUGCAGCAGUCCAGUCCAAUACCAAGGGGAGCCGUUCUGGAUUAUCAUCAGUCUCUUUCUCCAUUGAUUCCUUACCAAACUCCACCUUUACGAAAUUUCGUUGGACAUAACACUUCUUGGAUAUCCCAGGCUCCUUUUCCAGUUCCUUGGGUUGCUUCUCAACAAACUUCUGCUCUUGAUGCCAGUGCUCGCUUUUCUACGGUGCCUAUUACUGAAACAGUUCGAUUAACACCUGUUAGAGAAUCAUCUGUGCCACAUUCUUCCAGUAUAAAGCAUGUUUCGCUCGGUCCUGUGAUUCAUAGCGGGGGUCAGGCAAGUGUUGUAGCUGGGGCUUCUUCCUCGCCUGACACAAAAAAGGUUACAUCAUCACCCAGCCAGCAGACUGUUGGUCAGAAGUCUAGAAAGAGAAAGAAGAUCCCAGUUAAUGACAGUCUUGGUCAGAUCACUUUGCUAUCACAAACUCAGGCAGAAGUAGUUCCUGCUUCUGGUGUAACUGGUCAUUUGUCUACAUCUAUUGCUGUCUCAACCCCUGCUCGUACUGUUUCAAACACUGAUGUUGAUAUGGCUAUCACCACUGUUUCUCCUGUCUCAUCCACUGCUAAUGCGAAAACUGGGAAUCAUGACACAGAGCAGAGUUUUGCACUUUCAGAGGAGACCCUUAGCAAAGUUAAGGAAGCUAAGCUACAGGCUGAGGAAGCUUCAGCUCAUGCUGCUGCAGCAGUUAUGCACAGCCAGGGAAUAUGGAGCCAGAUGGAAAAGCGGAAGAAUGCUGGAUUAGUAUCUGAUGUUGAAGCCAAACUAGCUUCUGCGGCUGUUGCAAUAGCAGCUGCUGCUUCCAUUGCAAAGGCUGCAGCUGCAGCUGCUGAGAUUGCAUCAAAUGCAGCAUUGCAAGCAAAGUUGAUGGCUGAUGAAGCAUUGGUUUCAACUGGUGCUGGAAACUCUAACCGAAGUGAUGACAUUUCCCUUUCUGAUGAUGUGAAUAAUUUGGGAAAAGCUACUCCUGCAUCCAUUUUGAAGGGUGUGGAUGGAACAAGCUGUGCGACUUCAAUAAUUGUUGCUGCUAGGGAGGCUGCUCGGAGAAAGGUUGAAGCAGCUUCAGCUGCCUCAAAACGAGCUGAAAAUUUGGAUGCCAUAGUAAAAGCUGCUGAGCUUGCUGCGGAAGCAGUGUCACAAGCUGGAAAAAUUGUUGCUAUGGGUGAUCCUCUGCCUUUGAGUGAGCUAGUGAAAACUGGUCCAGAGGGUUACCAGAAAGUACCCCAGGUAUCAUCUGAGCAGUUUGUGAAAUCAAACUUGGUCAGACAACAACUUAAUGUUGAACUUCUUGGAGAAGGUCCAGAUAAUUUUGCUAAGAAUUCUGUGGGACCCCUUGAAAAGAGAAGAGCACUGGCUACAAGUCAUGGGGUGCAGUCUGCUCCAAGUGAUGCAAUCAGAGAGUUGGCGGAGGACCGUGUAAGAUUAGUGGAUGGGUUGGGUUCUGGUACAAACGAUGAAAUGGAGUUGGCAGGACAGAAGGGCCGUAAAGUUUCUGAUUCAGCUAAAACCAUUGGGGUGGUUCCUGAAUCUGAGUUUGUAUCUAGACCUACUUCAAUCACUGCUAAUAUUGAGUGUGAAACAGCAGAGGAUAUGUUGAAAGAGAACAACAUCAAAGAGGGUUCUCUUGUUGAGGUUUUCAAAGAUGGGGAUGGUUAUAAAGCAGCUUGGUUCUCGGCCAAUGUGUUGAGUUUGAAGGAUGGAAAAGCUUGUGUAUGUUAUACUGAACUUCCAUCAGAUGAAGGCUCAGGGCAGCUAAAGGAAUGGGUGGCUCUUAAAGGUGAAGGAGACAAUGCGCCUAGAAUACGAAUUGCCCGUUCUGCAACGACAACACAAUUUGAAGGAACAAGGAAGAGGCGAAGAGCAGUCAUGGGCAAUUACACUUGGUCUGUUGGAGACAGAGUUGACGCAUGGGUACAAGAAUGCUGGUGGGAAGGAGUUGUCACAGAAAAGAACAAGAAAGAUGAAACUGCAUUAACAGUCCAUUUUCCAGCUCAAGGAGAAACAUCAGUUGUUAGAGCUUGGAACCUUCGCCCAUCUCUUAUUUGGAAGGAUGGGGAGUGGACUGAAUGGUCCAGUUCAGGGGAGAAUGAUUCUUCUAACCGUGAGGGUGAUACGCCACGGGAAAAGCGACCAAGGUUAGGAAGCCCUGCAGUAGAGGUGAAAGGGAAAGACAAGACAUCAAAAAAUUUUGAAAUGGUGGAUUCUGGAAAACCUGAAGGGUCAAAAUUACUUGCUUUAUCAGUCAAUGAUAAGGUAUUUAAUGUUGGUAAGAAUUCAAAGAAUGAUGGUAAGCCUAAUACCCUCAAAACUAUACGAACUGGUUUGCAAAAAGAAGGAUCUAGAGUGGUAUUUGGUAUCCCUAAGCCUGGAAAGAAAAGAAAAUUUAUGGAAGUGAGCAAGCAUUAUGUUGCAAAUCAGAGCACUAAAAUUAAUGAAGCAAAUGAUUCAGUUAAACUUUCAAAAUUCUUAAUGCCUCAAGGAUCACGUGGUGCAUCUAGAGUUGAUCUCAAAGAAAAACGGGCAGCUGAAUCCAAGGCUAAGGUUCCUAAGUCCGGAAAACAGCAAAAUGCUUCUAGUAGAACCACAACUCAAAAGUAUAAUUUAUUGACAUCUACAUUAUCUGCCUCUCAAGAAGACACUUCAAGAGAUGAUUUAGAUAAUAUCAAGGAUUCUAUUAGCCAGGAUGAGAAUGCAAUAGACCAACAGAAUCUGAAGGAGUUUGGAUCCUUUGCUAAUGCUGAGGGGGCAGCCGAGGGCCCAAUCUUGUUUUCAUCAUUACCUCUUCCACAAGAUGCUCCAGGCAGUAAGAAAAUGUCCACAUCAACUGCUAAAUCCGCACGUGUGAGUAAAGGAAAGCUUGCUCCAGCUGGUGGUAAGUUGGCAAGAAUUCAGGAGGACAAAAUUUUUAAUGGUAAUUCUGGAAAAUCAACAUCUGAGGUUGUUGAGCCCCGCAGAUCCAACCGGAGAAUCCAGCCAACAUCAAGACUACUGGAGGGGCUGCAAAGCUCUAUGAUCAUCUCAAAGAUACCAUCUGUUUCACAUGACAAGGGCCACAAAAGCCAGAGCAGGGGUGUUUCUAGAGGUAAAAACUUCAAGCUUUGAUCUGAUGUUUGAUUUUAUGGGUUAAUAGAACAGCAGUCCGCUGGAGUUGUUGCCCUUUUGGUUUGUCCCUCGGUCCAUGCACAUCUGCAUGCAUGAAAUUUUGGUUGUAAUGCGGGAAUAACUGUGGAGCUGCUUGGUCAAACAGGUAUUAACCAUGGUUGAGAGGAGCUCCUUGCGAUUGUGGAAAUCAAGAGAUUCUUCAUGAUUACCGGAUGACCGAUGCGUUCAUGAUAGCCCUUGCUCUGUUUUCUUCUUGUUCUUUUUGUAUAUUUAUGGUAGUGGAGAAAGCUAGGAGAGGAAGUGUUCUUGCCUCAGUUGUAAAAUCUAGUUUGUAGAUGUUCAUAUUGAUUAGCAACUUUUUACAAUUAUGAUUUGAUCUCCCUAGGGUUUACUCUCAACUAGGUUGUAUGUGGAGACGCGACUCUCCAUGUAGUAGGGCCUCAAACACUUCGUAAGUUCCUUCACAUGAUGGUAGCUUUCUGCUGCUAUGCUCAAGUACUAGGAUUUUUCUCAUAAAUUUUAUUUCUUGUUUCCUUCUCUAA